AUGUUUGAUCCACAAACAAAGACUUUCGGACGUUCCGAGGAUGUAAACUGCACAGUAAAGAAAGGUAAAGCUCAUGUAAUGGCCUGGAUGGCUUUCAUCAAACGGCCAUGACGGAAUAACGGUAUACACUUACGCAGUGAAAGGCCACGGAGCUAAGACCAAAUAGCAAACCAUUUAUUAUUAUUUUCACUUUUAAUAACACUUUCCUAUACCUUGUAAUCCCUAUCAGUGGUCCUGCGGCAUCUAACUUCUCGUUGUAAUAAACGUUGUAAUAAAUGUUGUAAUAAACGACAUUUUAGGCCCUGGUACCAGAGGUUUUACUUAAUUUUUCAGACUCUGUGUGAAAGAGACAGACAGAGUCGUCCAAAGCGGCGAAAACGAGUCGCUUCGCCCGGGUCGUUCUCUGACACAGGGAAAAAAUUUUCAAGAAAAACCCCUGGGACCAGGGUAAUGACAUUUAUGUUGUGUAAACACCUUACAAAGGCAGUUAAGUAAAGAAAGUGAAGAGAAUCAGACUCGAGCAGGGUUUAAUUCCUUGACCAACCAGGCCAGCAACUUAGCUUUGAAGCAGGGCUUGAAAAAAAGUCCCGUGCGGUAACCGGGACAAGUAGGUUUUCUUGCUUGGCAAGUAACCGUCAAAGCUUACUUCACAAUGGAAACGGGUCCAUGCAAUUCAUCCUCCAACAAAAUCAUUAACUAAGAUGGGAAGAGGUCGCCCUUGACAAAAAUGAGAGAACUCCUUGCCCAAGGGACAAACUGAAAUUCAAGUAUUUUUCGCGGUCUGUUUCGAGGUUGCUGACUAAAGGCUUUUGUAAUCAUAUGAGUUUGUACUGAAUAUUCCCUACGGUAAGAAGGCGACUAGCUCCUAUUUUGGUUUAUGUUUCUGUUGUUUAUGAAGAAUACAAUAUCGCACACUCUGGUCUUUAAAUAAAUCCUUUGCAAGGCUAAAAUUAUUUUCAAACAGCCUUUUUUUGACAACUUCAUUUCAGGCUGAAAUGCUUUCUCUUUAAUUUCUUUUCACAGUUUAUCGUGAACUCUGGACUGGUGUACCUGGGGCUGAAGUAGCUGAUCUAGAGUCCAGUCCUUCAUAUCCAUGUGAUCCACAUAGGGCGGAGUUUAUAGACACAUUUUGCAUUUACAAGUUAGACAUUGGGAAUAGUUUUGGUCAGCGAUUAAGGUCGUUCUUUAGAGCUCCUGAGACAGGGAAUUAUAUUUUCCAGACGUCUUGUGAUAACACCUGUCAGCUAUGGAUGAGUGAUAAUGAACUUCCCUCCAGAAAGCGGCUCAUUGUUGACCAGAAACAUUAUACGUCAGUAAACAGCUUUGACUUGUAAGUCGCACAAUACGAAACUACAGGGGCGGAUCUAGGGGGAGGGUGCAAGGGGUGCUCACCCCUCCCCCACUGAGAUGACCUGCAGCUUUCUAAUACAACUGGUACUUGCCAAACAUGCAGAUAUUUAGUCUCAACAGUUCACAUUAUGUUAUUGCCUAGUCAAAAGCCUUCUUCCUCGUAUUCGCUGUUAAAAUUUGUUUACGUCACAAGUCAGUUACUUCAUUCCUUUGGGGUGCACCCCCCCCCCCCCAAGAAAAAUCCUGGAUCCACCCCUGUACUGGUAGUCAUGGUUAAUAUCUCAGAGAAAGAUUUAGCAAGUGCAGGAUUCCGACCAUAUAUUCACACAUAUCUUCAUCUUCUACGGUGAUGUACUUACAAAAUGAACAGCUCCUAGUUGGCGUAAUAUCUUAUCGCAGAUCAUAGGUUCAAACUGUAUUGAUAUGUCGCUACGAUCCUUCACAUGGUAAACUAGAAUUCGUUCCGUGCCGUUUUUUUCUAAUGACAAAUAUAUAACUGCAGAAGUAAAACAAAGUAUACUGUUAUUUUGGUAGGAAUGCCCAGAUACCAAUUAACCCAGUUAAUUUUCUCUUAGAGGCCAUUGCUAGUGUAGGUUAGUGUAGCACUUUUAGUGUUGGUUAGUGUACUGCAGCGAAGUGACGUUAGGCUAAUGCUGUUUAUUUUUUGUUUUCAGAAGACUUGAUCAAUCUUCAGAGAAGGUAAAUCUCACUAAAGGUAACCUGUACUACAUGGAGCUUCUACACAAGGAGAAUACGCUCAUUGAUUUCAUGUGUGUUGGCGCCAUGUUUCCUACUCUAUCGAGAGAGCGGCCCAUUUCAUCGAGGCAUCUUGUCAUGGAAUCAACUGGUACGAUAAACGAUUAUAUUAUAGAUGGCUAGUUACGUCUGCCGACUACUGUGGUCUCAGUUAUUUGAAUGGGUAUUAUGGCGAGACUCAGCUGAGGGACCGAACGAGUAUAAAAAUAAUCUUCGUUAGCCUGCUAAUACAGCCGUCUCUCCUCGCUCUUCGCCACUUGGGACAAAAAAGAGGAGCAACGAGAGACGGUUGUAUUCACGGGCUUCAUCCGCUUGCUUGCAAUAUGCUCGACAAUCAUGAAUUAAAAGAGUGAAGUAUGAGGCGUUUUGACACGAAACGUCAAAUACUGCAACUGAAAAUAAGAUCAAGUAGGUAAUUAAUUAUAUUAAUGAAACAUCUUCAAUAAGAUAAAAACUAUAUCAAUUCAAAAAAGGCAUCUAUUUAUCAAGCAUUGUUUGGAAUCUCCCAGUAUUCAAUCGAGGCAAAAUAUACCUGUGGCCACGUAGUAUCAAUUCUCUUUGCUUCGUCGGGGGCAAAAACUCGUGCUAUGGGCUUUUAACUUUAGAAAAAACUUUAUUCUAUAGAUGUAACUAUACGUUAGAUAGAUGCGGGCGAUAUAUUCCUCUUCUGUAUUCCCUUGCAUUCCAGUGUAAACAUGUGGUGUCUGUUUUUCUCAGCAUUGUUCUUAAAAUGAGUAUAGGUCGAAAGAGAUACUUUUGUGAGAUCUUGAAUUUUUGGGCAAAACAGCCAAAAUAGGAAAUGUGCACCUUACUUCACCCGCAAUUAAGAUCAGUCAAGUUACGUUUACUCGUCACCUGGUUGAAAAACUUGACCGGACACUUCGCCCACGUGGGGCCGUCUAAUAUUUUUGCCGACGAGCCAAUUUGAAUUGAAACUCUUUUCAGUGGUUUUACCAUCUGUUUACGCGCAGCACAUAUUUUUAGAAAUCUAAAAUGGCGUCUCCCAGGUUAGUUAUCAUGCAUCCAAGCAACUACGCCUUUGCCGCACAAAAAUAUAAAUGGUUAUUGAGUCACACCACGCUGAUCGACUUUUCGACCGUACCGUUUAAAAAUUCGACCUCGAGUUCGACGUUAAAAUGUUUCAAUGUCUUCGCCUUCUUAAUCUCCCUACGGUUGGUGGGGUGGGUUUCUUGAACUCACACGGAAUUGAGUUCUUUUUAUACUAGUUCCUGACAUUAUCGUUUGAGUUACCAAGCUUCUUGUUUUAUAUGUAUAUUUCUAAAAAUUUUAAUUAGUUACGUUGCAAAGCGACUGGAAUUUCGCGGUGAGAUGCAGUCUUGUUCUUAGAGUGUUUGCAUAGGUUGCGGAUCUCUCUGUCCUUUCAGAUCAAGUACCAUGAAUUUGAUUCAAACAAAUUUAAGAUCGUGAAACUUUUCCCCUCUUAUUUCUUAACAGAGCUUGGUCUUAUUGGUUGCACGGGAAAUGGAAGUUCAUUAGAAUUUGCCACGUGUACCGCACAGAAUUGUAAGAGUCCUCAGCAGAAGGUACUUAUAACUCUUAAUUAGGAAGCCAUUACCAUGGUAAUUUAUUAUUUGUGAAAUCAUUUUUUAUGACGAAUCUGAUAAAACGAGUGACACAACAAACAUUGGGAAGAAUAACAGUAGAUAGAGAAAAGUGCUAAAAAUUCAUGGGAGAAAAGUGUGGAAAGAAACAACGAGAAUGAGAAAGAAAGAAAAUGGAAUGUUCAUUCAAGGAAAGGUGAAAGAGAGAGAGAGAGAUGAUCACGGUGAUAGUGUUAACACAACAUUAUUGUGUUUUUAGCUUGAAUCAUUCAAGAGAACGAUGGAUGAACAAAUCAAAUCCUUAAAAUCUCUUCAAUCGGGUGAAUCAUCUUCUUCCCAGCGUCACAUUAGUCAAGUCACCAAGGUAAGUCGGAGUAAAAGCAAACGGGUCAUUUCCAAGGAGCUCCUACCCUGUUUUUCAAAACAGGAGCAAUUAGGCGAUAGCUUAUGUGAAGAUAUUUUUAUUCUUCUUAAAUUGAAACUUAUUUUCUCACGUGAGAGGUUUCACAGUCGGCCACAUUUUUAAACUGAGGGUUUCUGGAGAAAGGAAAUGGCCUAUUAUGCUCGCUGUUAUGGUAUCACGAAACUUAGCCAUUAUCCACUUUGACAGACAAAUCUUUACUUCCUUCAAUAAUAAAAAAAAAAAAAAAAAAAAAAAAAAAAUAAUAAUAAAAAAAAAAAAAAAAAUUAACACAAUACACACAAUAAUCAUAACCAUAAUUUAAACACUAAAAAUUUUCAUCCUUACAUAAUAAUAUCUCCUCUUAUUUUUUUUCAAUUUAUAAUGUUUCUUUUUAUAAUUGAAAUUAAAUUUUAAAAAAAAAUAUUUUAAAAAAAACAAAUAUUUUAAAAUAAAAAAAAAACAAAAAUUAAAACAAUUUAAAAAUAAUCAGUUAUUUUGAUAUCAAAAACUCUAAUAUAUAUUUUUUUUUUAUUUUUAUAUUUUUUUUUUUUUAAACAAUUCAUAUUAUUUUUUUUUUUUUUUUUUUUUUUUUUUUUGCUAAUUUCUCGAUUGAAUGAUCAUAGAUAAGAAUUUUAUUUUCUGCGGGGAGAGUUUACACAUGUGGUACAUUUUUUAAGGGGGGGUGUUGGGGAAAAAAAAUAGACUAUAUUUCUCUGUUUUUUAUUAAAUCAAAAAUAAACACUAAUAUAAUUUGAAAAAAAAAAUUUUAAAUCACUAAAAAAAAAAAAAAAAAAAAAAAAUAAAAAAAAAAUAAUAAUAAAAAAAAAAAAAAAAAUUAUCAUCAUCAUCAUCAUCAUCAUCACCGCUAAUUUCACCUGUAAAACUUUCUAGCUUCCUUCAUCAUAUCCCCCCUUAUUCUCUUGCAAAGUGAACUAGCGCAUGUUACUCUUGAAACACAUAUUUUCCAGCUACUAUAUUCACUGCAAAAUACAUAUUGUUUCUUUAAUUGUUCUUAUAUGUAAGGUGUAUUUUUUAGUUUAGCUUUUGCAUCGUUCACUAUUUUAUAUUAUCUUUUUGUUAUGAUAAAUUCAUCGAUAAAACUCUGUCUUAUCAGAUAAUAUCUUAAAUACUGCGUCAAUUAAAUAAAUUAUAAAAUAGUUAUGCAUACCUUGUUAGUUGCGUUUAAACAACUGGUGUUACUAUCUUUGCACAAAUAUCCAGGAAAGUGGUAAAAUCAUAAACGGUAUUAUGGAAGACCCAGAGAGAGGUGGUUGGCAAAACUCAACAUUAGCAAUCCAGAUAGCUAAAGUGACUGAGUCGUUUGGAAGAGAAUUGGCUCAAAUAUGGUCCAAUGAAUCAUCUAGCGUCACCAUAAUGGAGAGCAAUAUUGGUAAGCUGCCAUCAGAUAUUAGAGAGAGUGAUUAUAUUGAUUAUAUCGUUAUAUUGUCUCCGUAGCGCUUAAAAUCUUAAAAGUUGCUACCAAUCUUUUGAUAUAUCUAUAAUUUACUCAAACGAAAAAAUAUAAUCGAGUAAUGCUAAACGGCGUCGGCAACGGCAAAAACAAAUCAAAAGGUCUAAUUAGCAAAGAAAAAGACAACUUUUCCCUUGCAGCCCAUUUUUUUUGUACAUUUCCUUGACGCUGUUUUGCACAACUACAACGUGAAACUUCCUAGUUACACAUCUUAUGGAGGAAAUUUCGUAUGUGCUCACCAAAAGUUUUAUUGCUUGUGUCCCUCUUCGGUUUCUUUUUUUUAGUUUCACUGCUGCUCAUUUUCACUUUGCUGACCACUAGCAUUUCUCAUUUUCGCACCGUCAAUUUUCUUGUUUUUCUUCCAACGAAAUUGAUCUCCUUUGUUUUUUAUCUAACGCUUUAGCUCUUUCUCUGUCAUCCACGUCAGUAAAGACUUUAAAAUUAAGUGGGACUUGACUUUGUUCUUGUUUUUUCUCUCUAAAAUGUCCGGGUGGCCAUGCGGUUUCCCGCCCAUAACCUCCGUGUUGCAUUUGGGUUGCCAUACCUGUUGAUUGAGUUAUUUUACAUUGGUAUGCCUGUGUUGUGGACAGGAGUGCGUACGGUCACGUGGUUAACAAAAUUUCUCGGGUGCAUACCAAAUUUUCUUACCCAUGGUGCCCCGCUGCGAGCGCUUCUCUCUCAACAUAUAUUACUUAACUUACCAGGAAUCUUGCGUAUUCGGAAACCUGAAGAGAGAGAGUGAUCAGUCUCAUUACAUACCUUUAGAUUCCAGGAUAAGGACGACUACAAGUACAGAAUUUUCUAAAUACUAACGCUCGCGCGUGAGCCAGCAUUAUUUUGGCGGAAAAACAAGAUAGCCGUCGUCAUUGUACUAGUCUUAGCGAGAAUGUCAAAGUGGCGGAAACAGGUUAUUUUAAAAAUGUUAAAAGUUUUAUAAUUUUGGAGAAGGCUUAACCUCAUGCAAUAAAAAUAACAGUGCUAACUUUUCUGGUAAAUAAAAAGAACAAUGAAACUUUCCGGAGUGUCUUUUCUUUUAAGAAGACGCAGAAAAAACCUCAGGUUAAAUCCCGUCCUCGUCGUCAAUUCUAAACGUCUCCAAUAAAACUUCAUCUCUCUACAUUUUAGCUUUGCAGGCAUCUGUGCUUGUUGACGACUACAAAUUCUCAGCACCAAGAUCGAGAAAAGUCUGGCAAGGGAUUGACGACUUCUUGAGCUUAAGAAUAACAGGUAAAAAACACGCGCUUUCUUUACCACUCCUGUGGCUGGUUGAGCUGGUUUGCCUUUGCCAAGGAAGUAAUUGUCCUGUUUUACAAGUGGUAUUGGUAAAAAAAAAAAGGUUUUUCGAGAAUUACGCCACAGGCCCUCGCUGAAAAGCAUUUAAAUCGAUGUUUCGCAUAUUUGUUGAAAGGUCACACUAGCUUUCGCUUUGUUUGUUCGUGGAUUUCGCAAGGCCCAAAUUGCUUACUUCCCGAAGGGGGUUACUCCGGAUUUCAGGUGACGGGGAUAAUCGAGGGGGGCAAAAAUCAAAACCCUAAAAAAAGCCCUAGGGUUUCCAACAACCCCCCCCCCCCAAAAUUCCUGGACCUUGAUUUAACCCUCAAAAUACCCUAUGCUGAAUUUCCGAGCCUUAAAAAUUUCCAGAAAACGAAAUAAGUUUGGUUGUGCUUUAAUCGCAGAACUAAGCGGCCAAGAUAUGCGGGCACUAUCCUUGGACACUACCACGAAUUGAGAAAUUUCAAACCCAAACAAAUCCUUCGAUCAUCUCCUCUACUUAAAGUCCGGAGUACGCCGCCCCCCCCACCCCCCUCAGGGCUUACUUCCUUGCUUUGGAAGCGCCUGUGAUUGGUUUAUUUUGUAACCUCUUGUUUCAGCAGGCGUUCGUUGGGGGAGGCUUUCGUAGCGGGCUAAAAGAACGUCUAUGUGGGAGGCCUUGUUUCAAAUGUUUUCGUCCUACAGGGAGUUUGCUCAGUUUUCGAAAUGGUAUAAUACUGCCCGAGGGUAAAAACGUUGCGCUAAAAUUUGUUGUCGUGUAAAACAGGCGCGGAAGAUAUUCUGCGCAAUUAUUGCGUCAGAAGGUUUAUAAGCUAGUUUCAGCAAAAAAAAGUUUUUUUUUUUUCGGUUCUUUGAGUAGUCUUGUUCUAAUGGCUCGUUCAUCAUAAUAAUUUUUUGUAUACCUAUUUAUUGAUUUAUUCAAAUGGAAUUCGCACUGUGUUAUUCCUUGCAAUUUACCGUAAUGAAUGAAAGUGCAUUUGCAUUGGUUCUACGAGUCAGAUUUAGUAACCUUAAUUUUCUCAAAAACAGGAACACCAAAGAAAACAAAGGUAUUUAGCGUCAUCUUCAAACGUUUACAUGAAAUGUUACCAUCAACAGUGAAGGAAGUGUCAAAGUAAGUAUAUAACCUUCAGUUGUUCAGCGUUUUUGCUACAUACCGAGAAUGCCUGCUUCAAAAUUUGAAGAAUUGAGUCUUCAGUUUUAGCUGCCUAAUAAUGCCACUGGCGAAAAAAUGAUCUAUUUUGUUUUUUUUUAUUAUUGGUAUUUGCAAGUUUAAUUUGAUGUGUCUAGUGGUCUUAUCAUUUAUGAACGGAUCAUGUGUGACACAGUGGAAUGAAGACGUAGCACGUCUGAAUCGUGAUGACUUGAGAGCAAAGUAUGACAUUUAGCAAAGCUCGGAAUAUUUUUCUCACUGAAAUAACCAGAGAAGGGUUUUUCAAACGUCACCUUACUAUCUUUACUGUAGCUCAUUAUCAAACAGUUUUUAUUUCCUUAUGCUCAGAGAAAAUGAAAAGGAAAAGGGACUUUACCACCUUAAUAGUCGUAUUAUUGGUAGUCUAAUCACUGCAUCAGGAAAGAACCAGAAGCUUGAUGUUGAGAUCAAUGUUCAACACAUUAAGGUAAACCUGAAGUAAACACCACAGCUAACAACUUAGUAGCUUGUUACUCAACGGAUAUGGCAUGAAAAUGCUUGAAGAUUUAUUAUAUGCUGUUCAUAAUGACUUGGAGCAGAGUUGCUCGUCAGGCUGGUCUAAACAGUUCAAACCAACACUAGCCCAAUUCUACCGCCGCCCGGUUAGCUCAGUCGAAAGAGCGCCGGUCUGCGGAGCGGAGGACGCGGGCUCGGAACCAAGCCGGUACACACCCCAUCUUUUAAUACGCUAUUGGAGAAGAUAAAUAAUAUAAUGUAUUUAAAUAGACAAGUAAAUAGAUAACAAAGAAUCACAGGAUAAUAUCAGAAGCAAUGCAGCAUUAGCCGUGCGAGUAGUACAAAUUCUUAUAACAUCUCUUUGUGCAUGAUCAAACCAACAGUUUCUGGUGGGUGUCCCCAAGAGCUAUGGCUCUUGGUGUCUCUUUAUAACAUAGCCGGAGGGUUGUUUGUGAAUGCCAGAACAGUUUAAAUUUGUAUUAAGCAAGAUUUUAAUGGUUUAAUGUUUGCAGCACGAAUCAAAUAGCACUCUUGUUCCUGUAUGCGCCUGGUGGGAUUUCACAGCCGGGUAGGUAGGCUUGAGACGAAAACUGAAGGACAUCUCAGUAUUGCGUAUGGUGGUGUUACAUUCAGAUUCGAUUACCGUCUAAAUGAGUUACCAGAUACCAUCGGAUAAAUCUCUGUCCACUGGAUGGCGUAAUUGUUUCCCCUACUGUUUAUUCAAAGGACAGAUACUUAUACAGUAAAUUGAGCUAUUCUCCUUUUAAAAAACAAGACCUUGGAGUCCUUCCACGUCCCGAUAAUUCAAGAGCCUGGAAAGCUGUUGUUGCAGAUAACAUGACUCAAAACUAAAACUGAAAAAGUAAAACUGGACGGGUUUGUUAGCUAGGGACGGGCUUUUUUUCAUUAGAUUCUGAUUUGAUUAUUUCGGGCAGCAAACUUUACCGGUGCUUUCGAGAAACAGGCCUCAGGUGUGAGAAAUAGACAUAAUGCUCUCAAGAAAAAUAGAAAAUGAUUUUGAGAGCAUGCCCCACGUCAGGCACCAGGAAACUUGAGCUAACUAAGAACUAUUUUUCUGCCUAUUUAUUUAGGGGUGGAAAUGAAAGUGGCUUGUGGUCUACAAGAGGAUGUAAAUUGGAUGACUCUGCCUCAAGUAAAACUCAUUCCGUCUGCAGAUGUAAUCAUCUCACUAAUUUUGCCAUUCUUAUGAAAGUCAAAUCAGAUACAACAGAGGUAAAAGACGUGACUUUUCACAUAAUCAAACCCGCAUACACUUGAACCUUCUGUAAUCCACCACACAAAAUCUUAUGCGUGCGAAACAACGAAAGGAAAUGCCAGAGUGAAGGGCGGGGAAAGAAAGGCUUUCCCUUGCCCACCCCCCCGGCUUUGCCAAUUGCUCGGGCGUUCUCUCGCGACUUUCUUCUCUCGUCUCUCGAAAUGCUAAGUUCGCUCGCAGGCUGCAACUUUUACUGUUUGUUUCCCGGAAGGUGUGGGGAUCUUAAAAACGUCCAAUAUAAUAUGGCAAGUAUAAAAAUCCCUUCCUCUAAAACCACUUGAAUACCCGCUUAGCAAAGAGGAAACGUGCUUCAGAUGGUCCAAUAUUCCUCGUCAUUAAGUAUACCUCCGUAUUCCCCGCCCUCUGGACAUUUCCAUCUUAUUCACCCCUUUUUUUUUUACUUUAACGCUCCCAAGCCAUGGAAUCAAACGAGACAGUAGCAAGAGAGAAAAUGUAAGGGAGGAAGUACUCGAGAUGCCAUAAGAAUCCUGGCUAUAGGAUCACACAGGCGGGUGGUUAGCAACGAUCGUAAUUUAAAGUAAUUCGCAUUACUAAUUACAUAGGUGACAAAUAACUCCUUAAUUUUGGCCCGAAAUUUCAGCAUUAUUUAUAAUUUCACAUGUGCCGAAUUAAAAUUGCCAUGACAACGUUCCGUACGUCUCAGCGUUAAGAUGGCGUCAAGUUUCAAGAUAUUAUGAAUGAAGAAGCCAGGGCAUUAAAAGACACUUUAGAAAACCUGAGCACUCGAACGAGCACAUAAAAAAUGAGUUUAAUACAAAAUUUAUCAUCUAAACUUCACAGUACGUGGAGUUCUCUCUCGAUGCGAUAAAAAAGUAAAAAAAAAAAACUUUUGUCACCCGUGAUAUUAAUAGCAAAUGGGAAACUCGCUCGUCACCAUUCGAUUAUGGUGUUCAACCUGAUUUUAAGGUAUCCGACCAUUUAAUUACAAAUACUUAUUAACAGGCAUUAAUUUUUUUAUAGCUAUCUGAAGCGCAUGCCCAAGCGUUGGAGAUAAUAACUUAUGUGGGCUGUGGAUUGUCCCUCAUCGGCGUCACAUUGACUGUCACCAUUAUUUCGUGUUUGUCGUAAGUAACGUCUGUCCGAAUUAUUUUCUUUAAUUUUUCUACUUUAACGAACAAUGAUUGCUUCACAGACCGUAUAUUUCUAGAAAGCAUAAGAAAACUAUCCGUUAAGCCUUGACAUAAAGCGAAAAAUUUGAAAAUAAGCUUCAAAUUGUCGUGUUUUCGUUGUCCUUGUUUAAGCAAAAUGAUAUAAAAUUGGGCCUCCAAUGUGAAAAGAGGUCUAAGAAAAUACAGUAUAUCUUAAAACAGGAAUUAAAUUGGAAAGGAAAAAUACUAUUGACGCUACAGGUAACCUGAAGGAUCAACAUUCAUAACUUGUUAAAAAGUGCCUUUGACAAUGAUGAUGUAAUGCCAGACGACCUUGUUCUUUGUUUUUAUUUGAAUUAUGUAGUGGACUGCGCUCGGAAAGGAACUUGAUUCACCUUAACUUGUCGCUGGCUAUUGGAAUCUUCCAAAUCAUUUUCCUCGCAGGAAUUGAAGCAACGAGCAAGAAGGUUUGUUCACUGAAUUCUUCUCUGUGAAAGGUUUGAACCCAGGAGUCAUUUCAAAAAUAGGUUGAGUUUGAUCGUCCGGGUGAACGUAGUCCUGAAUAGAACUGUUGUUGUUGACAGAGACUGACGUUUCGACAACCUGUGCGGUAGUCAUCUUCAGAGUCAAAGUGAGUUGUAUCACGUCAGUUGAUGGCAUUAUACUCUGGUUAUUUAUCUGACUGGUCCAUUACGCCGCGAUGUUAUUGGUCGCCUGUCAGUUAAGCAGUGAUGUUAUUGGCUAUGAAGACUCGUAAUCAGUAAUUGGUACAUUUCGAUCCGUCUAUUGUCACGUGAUACAACUCAUUUUGACUCUAAAGAUGACUACUGCACAGGUUGUCGAAACGUCAGUCACUGUCAACAACAACAGUCCUAUUCAGGGCUACGUUCACCCGGACGAUCAAACUCAACCUACUUUUGAAUUCUUCUCUGUUUUAGAACUGAAAAUUUACUUGUCGAGGGAUUAUUAUUUUAAGAAAGUGAAUUCUUACCACAAAAAUGGCCCUUGCUUCAUGAUACUUGCCUUACUGUUUUGUAUUUCAUUUCAGGUGAUAUGUACAAUUGUGGCCGUAUUACUUCAUUAUUUCCUGCUAGUGUCAUUUGCAUGGAUGCUAGUUGAAGGCGUUUACCUCUACAUCAUGGUCAUUACCGUGUUUGAAAGUAGCAAAGAGCACCUGCGUAUUUAUGGGACAUGCGCUUACGGUAAGGCAUUUCAAUUCUCGGGACCAGGCUAAUCAAUGUAAAAUUUCAGAGGUCUGUGGUAGGGUUUCACAAGUCGGUAGGUAGUUCAUAUAUGAUUAUUGUAGUGUACCGUAUACAGUAAACACCCGCUAAGUCUGGCAAAAUAGGUUCUUGUACUUAAUUUUGGGGUACUUAUUGGUAGUUUAGGCAAAGUAAGUUCUUAAUUAGGUUCUUUAUUUGUAUGAAGGAGAUAACAGACUGUUGAUUACCAAAAAAGUGAAUGAACUUUUUAUUUCUUCACAACUAACAAAACUGAAUACUGGAUUUAUGUACAGUUUAGUGGAGUAUUUUAUUGUUAUACUUAAGUUUACAACGUAAAGUUACACUCCUUGGUUGAAUUGUUUAUCAUAUUUUAACUGUAACCCAUAUAUAAGAGCCUGCUUAAUCUUGCUGGGCUAAACAGGUUCUUAUCUUUUUGGGUACUAAAGAGGCAAAUUUCUGCCAAGAGGCUCUUAAUCCACAAACUGAAACUGAAAGCCCUUAUCCACAGUUUUUAGAUAAGGGAAGUAGGCUGUUUAAAGGACUGUUUAAAAAACAAGUCUUGUUGGUAUAUCUAAACAAUGCAGGAAUUUUUUAUGAUUUUGAUUCUCUCGUAUAAUUCACCAGGUUUGCCUGGAGUCAUUGUUCUUAUUUCUGCUAUUGCGGCGCAUGACGGAUACGGUACAGAUAUGAGGUAGGCUUAACAUACUGCUAUUGGUAACGUUUUGCUCUGAGCCUGAUUCAUUACUCAAAACCCAUGAACUUGGAUAUCCAUGAACUGAAUGUAGAAAUACAAAGCCGGGAAAGUCUCCAAGUUUGCAUGAGUUGCAGUAAUCUUGGAAAAUGAGGAAAAAAAUAUAGUACUGGUAAAAGUUGGCAUUUUCAAAUUCACCUGGAGGGCGACCGCUAUAUAAAUUAAAAUGGAUGGUGCCCCUUGUGAUCUUAAACAUUAACCUCUGGUUAAAUAAGGACUGUAUCUUUGUGUUUAAAUGAAUGGAAUAACUGUUUUACUCUAAUAUUUUAGCUGCUGGUUAUCUGUGGUAGAUGGAGUAAUUUACGCAUUCGUGGCACCUGCAUUAGUAAUAGUACUGGUAAGUGAGAAGAAAUAUUUGUCGGGGAGCAAGGGUGGUGCAGUGGUGAGAGCAAUCGCCUCCCGGUAAUGUGGACUGGGUUCAAAUCCCGGCGUCGACGCCAUGUGGGUUGAGUUUGUUGCUGGUUCUCUCCCUUGCUCCGAGACGUUCCUCUCCAGGUACACCGGUUUUCUCCUCUCCUCAAACACCAACACUUCCAAAUUCCAAUUCCAUCUGGAACGUACGGACACUUUUCAACAAGUUUAUAAGAACUCCUUAGUGCCUCGUAGGUAAAUAAAUCAUAAUUUAAACUCUGUCAAAAAUAUUUAAGCCGUCCAGAUACAAUUUUGACCAGUUUGACCAUUUUUUGACGUGGCAGUUUAUGUGAGAUUUCAGCUGCUCCAUAGGCUCCUUCAUCAACCAGAUCAAAGUACUGCUAUUCUUCAGACUGUAAGGUGAUUUAAUUGUACUUGCUUCUGCUUGCAGGUCAAUACGGUAAUCCUCGGACUGGUAAUAAGGGAGAUUAUUAAGAUUCAGACAAAUGGAAUUUCCAGUUCAUCCAAGUUUGAUCUUGUCAAGUGAGUAUUAAUAUGGUUCUUUACACCCAGUAAAUUUUUCACUCCUUCUUGAACAGGGAUGGUUAUGUGAAACCUUUCUUUGGAUUACCAAUCAACAACAUGAUGUUGAGACCAUGUUGAUUUUGGUGUCUUGUUCUUCACAGAUCUGGUAUCAAAUCGACAGUCGUUUUAUUUCCGUUACUGGGUGUUACGUGGCUAUUUGGAAUCCUGGCACUGGACAGGAAAACAAUUGCAUUUCAGUACCUUUUUGCUAUUUUCAAUUCAUUACAAGGAUUCUUCAUUUUCAUAUUUCACUGCUUACUUAACUCAGAGGUGAGGAGCGUAGGAUAUUUGGUUUCUCAUUUCUCAGAAAUGGUCUGGCGAUCACACAAGAGCCCCAAAGUACUUUUCCACGAGAAGUAGGAAAAUUUCCGCAGUUGGAGUUUGUGCAUGGAAAUAAGGAGCAUUAAUUUUUAAGUUCGGUUUCUAAUAGAUCGUUUUCGCAGUCACGCAACAAAAAAAUAAAUUGGAAACCGUCCAGUGGAAGAAGCCAAGAAAAUGAAAUGUUAUAAAAUAAAUUCCAAAUCUUUCACGACUCUAUUGUCUGGCAAUUCUUAGAAGAGACUUGAGCACAAAGAACACCCAACCAAAUAUAGAAAUAUGAACGGAAAGCUUCGGAUUCAUGUUAGAAUCUUAAUAUAUCGAACGUGGGCUAAGAACCGAGAAAACUAUUGAAGGGAUCGAGCCACACAGGAUUAAUAAGGGGUUUCCCACAAUUACCUGAAAUGAGGUAGAGAAGUGCUGUUUUGUUUAUUAUGACUUUUUUUAUGAGAGAAUAUUGAUAAUAUAGGUUAACACACGGUAAUAAAAACUAUCUAGUCAUAGAAACUGCUUACUGAUGCCGUCUUAAUUUUUAAGUUACUAGUGUUGUUAUUUAAUUUCUUGAUUCUUUGGCUGUAUUUUAGAUCCGUAAAGUGAUACAACGAAAGAGAGAAAUCUGGUCAAGUCGUCGAACGACUCUAUUCUCACCUUCAUCGUUGCCGACCACAUCAACAGCUGGCAUUUUAUCAUCUAAAGGAGCUACACUUUCGGUAACUAUGACUUUCUUUAGGAGUCUUUGUGCAGCACUAAAUCUAUUGAAAUCGCAAAUAAACCCCCCGGAAUAUUGGUAUUGAAUUAUAAGCUUUUCUUUUAUACCGUCAUUGGCUAUUAAUCCUCUAAGACAUAACGGCAACAACAACAAAAAACAAGACAGCAAAAAAAAAAAAAAAAAAAAAAAAAAAAAAAAAAAAAAAUAAAAAAAAAAAAAAACAAAAAAAAAAAAAAAAAAAAGAAAUAAAGAAAAAAAAACAUACUUAUUAUAAUUUUAUUUUAUAUAUUUUUUUUUAUUAAGAAAUAAUAACAAAUCUUAAAAAAAAAACAGAUAUUAUAAACUAAAAAAAAAAACAACAAAAAAAAAAAAAAAACGAAAAAAAGAAAACAGAAAAUAUAAAAUGAAAAAACAACAAAACUCACAAUACAACGAAGGCAUUUGGAAGAAACAUGAAUCUUGAUACUGAUUUAUUAAGUAGGCUUUUAUGGCAUAAGAAUUGAUCGCGUAGCUUAGAAACUACACUGUUCUGCAUAGGCUGAUUCAAUUUUAACUGUUCUUGAUCAGUUAGGCAAACAAUCCAAACUCCCAAGUAAGUUUCAAUAGUAAUUGACAAUCUCUUUCCUUUUGAAACCCAGGAUGUUAACAUGAUGCCUGAAUCAGAGGACAAAAAGAUUACCGAAGGCAUGAUAAACGGCGCUGUUGUCGAAUCCAGCCAAUCAGCAGAAGAAACACAAAACGCGCAUAAAAAAGUUGAUGACAACCUUAAAAGUGAGCUUCGCGCACCGCCAGCGUGGCUUCAAAAGGAAACUAAUCAGGGGUCUUCGAAAGUGAAAUUACCUCCAGUUACAGAGGCGCAUGUAAAUAAGAAGAGAAAGAGACAUUCUAGAAAUUCCAGAGAAAACAGCCGAGUAAAAAUGAAUUCAACAAUAGAACCUGUGCCAGAGGAGCUUCCUAACUUAAAUGUGAACACUUGAAAUGUUUUUCCCCUGAUUAGUUAUAAUACUAGAGGUAAUCAUUGAUUACGGAUCCGCGUUCGUCACUUACAGAAGAGCUAACGAGUCGAAAUGAGUCCAGUUUACCGGGCGAGAUGCCCCUGAUAAAAUCAGUCGGGGCGGCUAAUCGGCAGUCGCCCCCGAUACCUCGAAAAUUUGUGACUUUUACCACAGGAACACCAAGAUUAGGAUGCGUUCUGACGAGCUCGAAAAUUAACGAUAGUUAUUAUGCACGCAUGACAUGCACACUGGGCCGUUGGUCCGUCGAAUAGCA